AUGAAUAAAAAUACAUCUUCUGUAGCAUCAUCCAGUCUGCUUGAAAAGGAUCCUGCCUUUCAGAUGAUUACAGUUACCAAGAAAACAGGCCUUGGUCUGAAGAUCCUAGGAGGAAUUAACCGGAAUGAAGGUCCAUUGGUAUAUAUUCAGGAAAUCAUUCCUGGAGGAGACUGUUAUAAGGAUGGACGUUUGAAACCAGGAGAUCAACUUGUCUCAGUAAACAGGGAGUCCAUGAUUGGUGUAUCAUUUGAAGAAGCAAUAAGCGUAAUUACCAGUGCCAAGCUGAGGUCAGAAUCUGCUUGGGAGAUAGCAUUCAUAAGACAGAAAUCUGACAGCAGCCAUUUAGAAAAUCCAUCUUGUUCAUCCCUUUUACAAGCUACAGGAGAAUAUGGACCUCAAGCCUCAAAAUUUAGCCUUAUUUCUUCUCCUGAAAUACUAAUUCCAAAGACCUCAUCCACUCCCAGAUCUACAGAUGCCAUUUUACCUUCUUUUAGGAGGAAUCAGAUAAAAACUGGAUACAAGAAAACAGAACAGAUUCCAAUUACUUCUUCAGACAACAGCCCUACAGAUAUGUCUAAUACAGAUAUUGCCCCUGCUUGGACUGAUAACUAUGGGCCACAAGGAAAGAAGAUUUCCCUAAAUCCAUCUGUUCGCGUUAAGGUAGAGAAACUAGAAAUGGCUCUAAAUUAUCUUGGAAUUCAGCCCACAAAAGAACAACACCAAGCCCUGAGACAGCAAAUGCAAGUAGACCCAAAGGGGAUGGUGUCUUUUGGAGAUUUUGUCCACAUUGCCAGAAACUUGUUUUGCUUGCAAUUGGAUGAAGCCAAUGUUGGUGCACAUGAAAUUUCCAGCAUAUUAAAUUCACAGAUUUCUCAGGAGACAAGUGAUUCCUUAGAAACACAUGAAAUGGAAAAGCUUAAGCAUGAAAGAAAUAACGCCUUGGAAGAAGUGAAUACACUUAAGGAAAAAUUAUUUGAAUCGGAAAGGCAGAGGAAGCAAUUGACAGAAGAACUCCAGAAUGUGAAACAAGAAGCCAAAGCUGUGGUCGAAGAAACAAGAACCCUGCGAAGUCGGCUUCAUCUUGCCGAAGCUGCACAGAGACAGGCACAGGGAAUGGAAAUGGAUUACGAGGAAGUGAUCCGUCUGUUAGAGGCUGAGAUUGCAGAGCUGAAGGCUCAGCUUGCUGAUUAUUCUGACCAAAAUAAAGAAAGUGUUCAGGAGUUAAGAAAGAGAAUCACAGUACUGGACUGCCAAUUGCGAAAAUCAGAAAUGGCUCGGAAAACUUUUGAGGCAUCCACUGAAAAGCUUCUCCAUUUUGUAGAGGCUAUUCAAGAUGUAUUUUCUGAUAAUUCUGCACCUUUGUCAAAUUUAAGUGAAAGAAGAGCUCUCCUAGCUUCCCAGACAUCCCUCACGCCAUUGGGAAAGAAUGGACACAACAUCCCAGCAACACUGGCACUUGAGUCUAAGGAACUUGUUAAAUCUGUCCGUGCCAUACUUGAUAUGGAUUGUCUACCUUACGGGUGGGAGGAAGCUUACACAGCAGAUGGAAUCAAGUAUUUCAUCAAUCACGUAACACAGACUACGUCCUGGAUGCACCCCGUGAUGAGCGCACUGAACUUGUCCUGCUCAGAGGAGAAUGAAGAGGAUUGUUCCAGAGAACCUCCUGACCAGAGGAACUGA